GAAUAAAGAAUAAUUAAUUUUUCUCUUCUGCCAAAAAAGCAGCACAAACGCACUUGUGUUGUUGACGUCUGAGGUCGCCGGAGGAGGAGGCGCCUUCCUCACCUGUCAAUCUAAGGGUCUUUUUGUCCUUCAUUCCCCUCUGAGGAAUUGUCCGGGUCUGAAGUGCUCACCCAUACCAGCAACAUGGGUACUCUGGAGCAGCCAUGUUAUACCCUCAUUCAGGCUCCCACGGACACAGAGCAGCCAUGCGAAAUGACUCUGAAGCGGGACCUUGAAAAUGGAGACAUUCCUGGUAAGCAGGCUGCCCUGAAGAAAGUGAUCCAGCUUAUCCUUAAUGGAGAACGUCUACCAGGAAUCCUGAUGACAGUGAUACGCUUCGUGAUGCCCCUUGAAGAUCACACCAUCAAGAAGCUGCUGCUCGUCUUCUGGGAGAUUGUGCCUAAGACCACUCCUGAUGGCAAACUUCUGCAGGAAAUGAUUCUUGUGUGCGAUGCCUACAGGAAGGAUUUAUCACACCCGAAUGAGUUCAUUCGAGGCUCCACACUGAGGUUCCUAUGCAAGCUGAAGGAGCCGGAACUGCUUGAGCCACUGAUGCCAACCAUCCGCUCUUGCUUGGAACAUCGUCACUCCUAUGUGCGGAGGAAUGCAGUCCUCGCCAUCUUCACUAUUUACAAGAAUUUUGAUUUCUUGAUCCCUGAUGCACCUGAACUGAUUUCAAACUUCCUGGAGGGAGAACAGGAUAUGUCGUGCAAGCGCAAUGCUUUCAUGAUGCUGAUUCAUGCAGAUCAGGAGAGAGCUCUCACAUACCUGUCCACCUGCAUUGAUCAGGUCAACUCUUUUGGGGACAUUCUGCAGCUUGUUAUAGUUGAGCUUAUUUAUAAGGUAUGUCAUGCCAAUCCAGGGGAAAGAGCGAGAUUCAUCAGGUGUAUUUAUAAUCUCCUGAAUUCUAGUAGCCCUGCUGUCCGCUACGAAGCUGCUGGCACCCUUGUUACCUUAUCUUCAGCCCCAACAGCUAUUAAGGCUGCAGCUAAUUGUUACAUUGAGCUCAUCGUGAAAGAGAGUGACAACAAUGUCAAGCUCAUUGUCCUGGAUCGCCUAGUGGCACUGAAGGACUCUCCGCAGCAGGAAAAGAUCUUGCAGGAACUGGCCAUGGAUGUGCUCAGAAUCUUGAGCACUCCUGAUCUUGAAGUUCGCAAGAAGACCCUUAAUUUGGCACUGGAAUUAGUGACAAUGAGGUCUGUAAAUGAAAUGGUAGAAGUGUUGAAGAAAGAAGUUGGAAAGACCCAUAACACUGUUGAACAUGAGGACACAGGCAAGUAUCGUCAGUUGCUGGUACGCACACUACACACAAUCAGUAUGAAGUUCCCAGACGUUGCUGCAAAUGUGAUCCCGAUCCUUAUGGACUUCCUCUCAGACAACAAUGAACUUGCUGCAACAGAUGUGUUAGUCUUUGUUAGGGAGGCUAUUCAGAGGUUUGAGGGUCUCCGCUCCCAGAUCAUAGAUCGUCUGCUUGGUUCAUUAGCAACAAUCAGAUCUGUGACUGUGCAGUGUCAUGCACUGUGGAUACUUGGAGAAUAUGCUUCAAGCUCAGGAGAGAUUCUGGGUGUUGUAUCUGCCAUAAGGGGGAGUUUAGGAGAACUACCCAUUGUUGAGGAUGAGAUGCGCAAGGCAGCAGGUGAAGCAGGUGAGGAUGAUGGCUCAGGGGACAAGGCUGGCCAACCACAGCAACAACAGAAAGUCACAGCUGACGGUACUUAUGCCUCACAGUCAGCCUUCUCUACAACUACAUCUUCCCUCAAAGCCGAUGAUCGUCCACCACUUAGGAAGUACCUCCUAGAAGGAAACUUCUACCUUGGUGCCGUCAUUGCUAACACCCUUGUUAAACUUGCUUUCCGUUACAUCUCACUGGAAGCUGAUGUUAAUAAGCAGAAUGCCUUCUGUGCUGAAGUGAUGCUUGUAAUUUCAUCCAUUGUGCACCUUGGAAAGUCAGGUCUGCCACAGAAGGCUAUGACAGAUGAUGACUAUGACCGCAUGAUGCUCUGUCUACAGGUUGUGUCUGAGCGCACCCCAAGCCUGGCAUCAGUAUUCACAGUACAGUGUCGUGGUGCACUGUCCCACAUGCUGGCAGCCAAGUCAGAGGAGGAGGAAGCCCAGAGACGUGAUCGCAAGGCCAGCAAGGUGGUGGAACACGUAGAUGACCAUAUCUCCUUCUCACGCUUAACUAAAGGCAGUGACCUUUCUUCAACUGAUGACAUGUUUGACCUAUCAAUGUCCAUGGCUGUUAGUGGAGGCAAGAAGGAAGGCAUUGACCUGAGCACAAGUAAAUUAAGCAAGGUUACACAGCUCACUGGCUUUAGCGACCCUGUGUAUGCUGAGGCCUACGUCCAUAUCAAUCAGUAUGACAUUGUCUUGGAUGUCCUCAUCGUCAACCAGACCAAUGACACGCUCCAGAAUUGCACCUUGGAGCUGGCCACUCUAGGGGACCUCAAGCUAGUAGAGAAGCCACAGCCUAUUGUCUUGGCACCACAUGACUUCUGCAACAUCAAGGCCAAUGUUAAGGUGGCCUCAACUGAAAAUGGAUUUAUCUUUGGAAAUAUUGUAUAUGAUGUCAAGGGUUCAACAAGUGAUCGCAAUGUUGUUAUUCUGAAUGACAUUCAUGUGGAUAUUAUGGACUACAUUGUUCCUGCAACCUGCACAGACCUUGAGUUCCGCCAGAUGUGGCUUGAAUUUGAAUGGGAGAACAAGGUGACAGUCAACACUCAGAUGACCGAGCUUAAAGCUUAUCUUGACUACUUGUGUAAGUCCACUAACAUGAAGUGCUUGACACCAGAGAAAGCACUCACAGGGGCUGGUGACUACAUGGCAGCUAACCUUUAUGCACGCUCGAUCUUUGGUGAGGAUGCACUGGCCAACUUGUCUAUUGAGAAACCCCUAGACAACCCCGAGGCUGCCGUCACUGGACAUAUCAGAAUUCGUGCCAAGAGCCAGGGAAUGGCCAUCAGUUUGGGUGACAAGAUCAACAAGGUGCAGAAAGCUACAAUAAAAUCUGUAGGAGCCUAAAACCACCCUGAUACUUCCAGUGUUAUCCAGUGUUGUUAUAUUGAAAGAUCCGUAUUUUUAAGCAGUACAUACAUAUAAGA